CUCUGGACUGUCCAUAAUUUUAGAGGUGCCUCUGAACUGUCCAUAAUUUUAAAGGGUUCCUCUGGACUGUCCAUAAUUUUAGAGGGUGCCUCUGGACUGUCCAUAAUUUUAGAGGGUUCCUCAGGACUGUCCAUAAUUUUAGAGGGUGCCUUGGACUGUCCAUAAUUUUAUUUUAGAGGGUUCCUCUCAGGACUGUCCAUAAUUUUAGAGGGUGCCUCUGGACUGUCCAUAAUUUUAAAGGGUUCCUCUGGACUGUCCAUAAUUUUAGAGGGUGC